GCUACCAUGUCUGGACGAGGAAAGGGAGGAAAAGGUUUAGGAAAAGGAGGAGCCAAGCGUCACAGGAAAGUUCUCCGUGAUAACAUCCAAGGUAUUACCAAGCCAGCUAUUAGACGUCUAGCUCGACGAGGUGGUGUCAAACGUAUCUCCGGCCUUAUCUACGAAGAAACCAGAGGUGUAUUGAAAGUCUUCUUAGAAAACGUCAUUCGAGAUGCUGUCACCUACACUGAACAUGCCAAGAGGAAGACCGUCACUGCCAUGGAUGUCGUCUAUGCUUUGAAGAGACAAGGCCGAACCCUCUACGGAUUCGGAGGUUAA